CUAGUCUAGUUGGUACCCAGCCGAAGCCACUCUAGCCAAGUAUUUGGCUGGAGACAGGCCAAAGCAAAAGGCGAAGGAGGGAGCGUCUGUGCGUAGCAUCCCUCUUCACCCGUUCUGUGUCUUCGUUUUGUGAUGGCCGGUGCGGCGUUGCUUCACUCUUCUCCAUAUACGCUUUCGUCCUUCGUGGCUCGCCGGUUUUCUCUGCAACCCGGUAGCUACAGCCGUUUCCACCGGUUCACGUCAACUAGCUGUCGUCUCAGUCAUUCCUUACGCCGUAAUAAACCUCCCCGGCUCGCCGUUCUCGCGCAAGCCCGGCGAGGAUUUUCUUCUAAAUUCAGCAGCGAUGAAUUUGCAUCUCCGGAUGAUUUGUAUAUUCAGGAACCUCUGAAAAUAGUAGAAUAUCCAGAUCCUGUACUUAGAGCGAAGAACAAAAUGAUUGGAACAUUUGAUGAAAAUUUGAAGAAGCUAGCAGAUGAAAUGUUCGAUGUAAUGUAUAGAACUGAUGGUGUUGGACUGUCAGCACCGCAAGUUGGAAUAAAUGUUCAGGUUAUGGUAUUCAAUCCUGUUGGUGUACGGGGUGAAGGAAAGGAGAUUGUCCUCGUAAAUCCACGCGUCACCAGAUAUUCCCGAAAGGUGUUGCCAUAUAAUGAAGGUUGCUUGUCUUUUCCUCAGAUAUAUGCUGAUGUAGAGAGACCGGAUUCUGUGAAGGUAGAUGCACAGGAUAUUAAUGGGGCAACUUUCACAGUUCGAUUCACAAGGUUUCCCGCCCGGGUGUUCCAGCAUGAAUAUGAUCAUUUGCAGGGAAUUCUUUUCUUUGACCGAAUGUCUGAUAAAGUCCUAGACAGUAUACGGAAAGAUUUAGAGGCUUUGGAAAAGAAAUAUGAGGACAGGACUGGGUUGCCAAGCCCUGAAAAGAUUAAUACACGCAAAAGUAGUCCAGCUGCAAUUGGAUUUGGAAAUUCAUGAACCCUGGAAAUAGUGAGUUGCUGCAGUUUUGAAAUAUUAGAGUUUCUUUUUUGUCUGUAUUGCCAUGUAGUUUUUGUUAUACAAAUACGUGAAACUGUUAGAGUACUUUUAUUGGGCAAAGUAAAAGUUAGAAUGCAACAGGCUUUGGAAAAGAAAUAUGAGGACAGGACUGGGUUGCCAAGCCCUGAAAAGAUUAAUACACGCAAAAGUAGUCCAGCUGCAAUUGGAUUUGGAAAUCAAUGAACCCUGGAAAUUGUGAGUUGCUGCAGUUUUGAAAUAUUAGAGUUUCUUUUUGUCUGUAUUGCCAUGUAGUUUUUGUUAUACAAAUACGUGAAACUGUUAGAGUACUUUUAUUGGGCAAAGUAAAAGUUAGAAUGCAAGUGCUCAUGCACCUUGGUUGUUAUUGGUUUGUUAUGCCCUUGUAAAUUUAUUUACCUCUGUAACUUUUUCUACAUGAGUUUGAUACUCUGAAAGGAAAUAUUUAUCGGGUUAUAUUUCUAGAUUGA